GAGCGCCAACGCUCGCGAGAGCCCUGCCGGCUUCCACGUUUGCCACGUUCCAGAAGACCAAAGCAGACUGAAAAGCCACAUGCCGCUCCGGCUUUGCAGCCGCUGCGCAGCGCCUGACUUGCUUCGACCUGCGGAGGGCUGGGGAGCGUAGGCGGCCUCGCCCCCGAUCAGUGGUCCUCGCGAUUGGCUCCUAUUGCUAUCCUUCAGAUCUGGUGGGUGGGCCGAGGCUGGCAGGGGCGGGGCCGAGGCCGGGUUAGUGGAGCGCUCUUGUCCACCGAGGGAGUCGCAACCUGGGCGCACGCGAUUUUCGCCGUGCAGCCACACGCUGGUCCAAGUCUUACGAGGCGCGGCGAGCGCGGUGAAGGCGGAAACGUUGCUGCAGGAGUCGCGGAUCCCCGGUGUUCCUAGCUCACUCAGCAAGGCCUCCGUCCUCUGCAGUACCCCCAAGAAGCUUGCGAUGGCCCCGCGCAAGAACGCCAAGGGCGGCGGCGGCCACAGCAGCAGCAGCAGCGGCAGCGGCUCCGGCAGCGGUAGCCCGAGCACGGGUAGCAGCGGGAGCAGCAGCAGCCCCGGGGCUCGGAGAGAAGCAAAGCAUGGAGGACACAAGAAUGGGCGGAGAGGAGGAAUUUCCGGAGGCUCCUUCUUCACAUGGUUCAUGGUCAUUGCAUUGCUGGGUGUCUGGACAUCUGUGGCCGUCGUGUGGUUUGACCUUGUGGAUUAUGAGGAAGUUCUAGCCAAAGCAAAGGACUUCCGUUAUAACUUAUCAGAGGUACUUCAAGGAAAACUAGGAGUCUAUGAUGCAGAUGGUGAUGGAGACUUUGAUGUGGAUGAUGCAAAAGUUUUAUUAGGACUUAAAGAAAGAUCUACUUCAGAGAGGACUUUGCCACUGGAGGAGGCCAAGCCACCCGCUGAGCUGGAGGAGCAGGCUCCUGAAGGGGCAGAAGUCCAGAAUACUGAAGAUGAAGUAAAAGAACAAAUUCAGUCUCUUCUCCAGGAAUCAGUACACACAGAAUAUGACCCACAGCUGGAAGCAGAUGGGCCAGCAGGAGAAUCACAGCCAGAGGUUGAGGACUUCCUCCUCACAGUGACUGACGGAGAUGACAGAUUUGAGGCCCUGGAACCUGGGGCACUUCAUGAAGAAACUGAGGAUAGUUACCAUAUGGAAGAGACGGCAUCCCAGGACCAUCCAAAUGAUGUGGAAGAGAUGAUGCACAGGCAAGAACGCUCAGAUCCCAGCGACGCAGCAAGAGAGGCUGAGGAGCAGCAGCAGCAGAGUGCAGAGGAAGCAACACACCAAGACAGUGAUGAACCAGUAUAUGAACAUUCAGAAAACGAAGGGAUAGAGAUUUCAGAUAAUGCCAUAGAAGAUUCCAGCAUAAUUUCAGAAGAAAUAAAUGUCCCCUCCAUGGAAGAACAGCAAGACACACCACCAGUUAAGAAAAAGAAGCCUAAACUUCUGAACAAAUUCGAUAAAACAGUUAAAGCUGAACUCGAUGCUGCAGAAAAGCUACGGAAACGGGGUAAAACCGAGGAGGCAAUGAACGCGUUCGAAGAGCUGGUUCGCAAGUACCCUCAGAGCCCACGCGCGAGAUACGGCAAAGCACAGUGUGAAGACGACUUGGCAGAGAAGAGGAGGAGCAAUGAAGUUCUGCGCAGGGCCAUCGAGACCUACCAGGAGGCUGCCAGCCUGCCUGAUGCCCCCACAGACCUGGUGAAGCUGAGCUUGAAGCGACGCUCAGAAAGACAGCAGUUUCUAGGUCACAUGAGAGGUUCCCUGCUUACCCUGCAGAGGCUGGUUCAGCUGUUUCCUGGUGAUACUACAUUAAAAAACGACCUUGGCGUGGGAUACCUCUUGAUGGGAGACAAUGACAGCGCCAAGAAGGUUUAUGAAGAGGUUCUGAAUGUGACACCCGAUGAUGGCUUUGCUAAAGUGCACUACGGCUUCAUCCUGAAGGCACAGAACAAGAUAGCAGAGAGUAUCCCCUACCUAAAGGAAGGAAUCGAAUCCGGGGAUCCUGGCACAGACGAUGGCCGGUUUUAUUUCCACUUGGGAGAUGCCAUGCAGAGGGUCGGGAACAAAGAGGCAUAUAAGUGGUAUGAGCUCGGGCAUAAGAGAGGACACUUCGCCUCUGUCUGGCAGCGUUCCCUCUACAAUGUGAAUGGCCUAAAGGCUCAGCCGUGGUGGACACCCAGGGAGACUGGCUACACAGACCUGGUGAAGUCUUUAGAGAGAAACUGGAAGUUAAUCCGUGAUGAAGGCCUCAUGGUGAUGGAUAAAGCCAAGGGUCUCUUCCUGCCUGAGGAUGAAAACCUUCGGGAGAAGGGGGACUGGAGCCAGUUCACACUGUGGCAGCAAGGAAGGAAAAAUGAGAAUGCCUGUAAAGGAGCCCCUAAGACCUGUGCUUUACUAGAAAAGUUCUCCGAGACAACAGGAUGCAGGAGAGGACAGAUCAAAUAUUCCAUCAUGCACCCUGGAACUCAUGUGUGGCCACACACAGGACCCACAAACUGCAGGCUCCGCAUGCAUCUAGGGUUGGUGAUUCCCAAGGAAGGCUGCAAGAUCCGGUGUGCCAAUGAGACCAGGACAUGGGAAGAAGGCAAGGUGCUCAUCUUUGAUGACUCUUUUGAGCAUGAGGUAUGGCAGGAUGCCUCAUCUUUCCGGCUGAUCUUCAUUGUGGACGUGUGGCAUCCUGAGCUGACCCCUCAGCAGAGACGCAGCCUUCCUGCCAUUUAGAAGGAAUUGACAUGGCCUUGGGUGCUCUUCAGGGAGGUUGCCUUUCCACUUCUUCUGGAGUGUGGACGUAGAAGUUUCAAGUGCCGAGACUCUUCAUUCCUUUGCCUUGCAGCUAAAGACCUCUAGGGUUCCUUCUGGAUUGGAAAUCCCUGGAAGGGGUAUUUGCCAUACUGAAAUUCAUUUGGGAGGCCCCUGGCUUCAUGUUAUUCCUGACAGCACAGAACUUCUGCCUGGACUGAAGGGGAACACUUGACUGUAUCUACAUUGCUAGCCAGAGAUAUUUUUCUACACAGAAUCAUGUCUACAUCAGUGUACACUGAGGAUAUACUAUAUGUAGAAACUGUGAAUGAAUCACAUUAGUUUGUCAUUUUUCUAUGCAGUUAUAUUUUUCUAGGUAGCUACACUAUUCUGUCACCAUGUUUUUGUUGACAUUAAUGACAAGAAGUAUAAAUGAUUUACUUCUAACUGUUAAAUAGUAAUUUUCCUGCUAAAUUAAGACAUAUUCCUUUUAGAAAAAAAAAAAAAAAGACUUGUGAAGAAGGCAACUUUAUUUUCCUAACAUAGAUAGGAAGUUACUCCAGGAUGUAUAAACUGUGCCAACCCUUGCCCUUGGGUUUAUCUUCAUUUAGACUCGGUGUCUUCCCCUUUCUCUGUGCUAAUACUGGAAAUGUUAUCACGUUCUUAUUUCUAGGAGCAACACUUUUUUUUUUUUUUUACACUGAGCAAAGCCAUGGAAACAUUUCAUGUUGUAAUAAGAAUAUACUACAGAUAUGGGGCUGAGAGAAGAAGUAACAUGGAAGUGAAAGUUCCCACUCAGGGUCAGGUGGCCAGGUAGCCUGGGCUCUUUGCCUUCUGUUCAGAGGGUCUGGAACCUGCAGUGUCUGCCUGCUGUAGAUCUACUUGAGUGCCAAGAAGGUGGCUGCUUGGUUUCUGAGAGUCUCCUCACAGUUUUAUUAAUGUGGGAAGAAUAGCAUAGAAAAUCCCGAGGAAUGCUUGCAUUCUUCCCUGGGUGUAGGUGGUCCAACCUGUUUGAUUCUGAAUUUGGAGACCUUUUCCAUCUUCUGAACUCAAAAAACUUGUGCCAUUGAAUCAUUAUUUUAAAAUAGUAGUUCCCAUGUGUGUUUGAUCUGAGUACUACCCCAUGGCGUAGGAAGAGUAGUAAAUAGUGUUUCCAUGUGUGUUUGACUUGAGUACUACCUGUAGCAUAGGAAGAGGAAUGGAAAGUCAUCUUGCUCCUCAUUCCAAAGAGGGUCAGUUCAUUAGUGAAGCAUCACUGCAUCUGAUUUUCUAUUUUAAAUAAAGCUAAUUCAAGCCCUGGAAUGUAAUGACAUUCACGCACUGAUCUCCAAGCCAGCUGAACAACAGUGCUGCAGAAAUGACACAGAUUCCAGCCACACAGGCAGAUGAAAGAUAGAUGCAUUCUUUUCAUCCAAUGUCAAAAUAAGCAGCUUUCUGGACCUCAUUUAAAGAGAAAUUCUUUGACAUUAAAAUUGAUCCUUUUUCUUUUAGCUUAAGAAGAUUAGCUUUUAGUAGAAAGUUUACAAAAUAUGUGUCCAUUCUUAGGUACUUUUUCCUUCUUUUGCCAGUGUUCAAAAAUUCCUCUAAAACAGAUGGCAAAGGCAUGGGAGCAAAAUAUCAAAUCAUUACCAAAUUCCAGAAAACAAACUCUUAGAAAACAAAAAGGUAUUUGUGUUCUUCAGUAUUUAUUAAACGGCAGAACUUACUGGCAAAAGGCAAUACAAUCCAGUGUUCAUGGAGUAACACUCAGUCGCCUAUUGGAUUUAGUUCGCCUACAUAUUACAUACACAUAAUGAAAUGCAAACCAUAUGUUCUCCUUGUUAAACCAUCAUCUUACAUUCAUGUAAUGGUGGAAAUGAGAGAAAAUUAGUGUUUGAUAGUAAAUAUAACACGGUUUUUAAAAUAUGGUCAUUACCGUAGGAUUCUAAAUAUUGCCGCGUGAAAAGCCAGAUGUACCAUCACUGUUACACGCGUUGGCAGUUGUUGACUCCAACAACAUUUUGAGUACUUGGACCCACAUUUGUUUUAUAAACCCAAGCAAUAAAAGAUUUUCUAAUUGAC